AUGAAGGACAAUAAUGUACGCGUUGCUGGGGAAGUGAAUCGUAUGAUUCAGAGUGAAGUAAGUGCAUUAUAUGAACGUCUCGAGACUCUUCGUGUCAAGACUUUGUUUCCUUCCUUUGCUCCAGUAAAUUUACCCAUGGUAUUAGUCCUAGGGAAUCAUUCGUCAGGGAAAAGCACUUUUAUUAAUUAUAUGCUUGGUCAGCGUGUCCAAAAGACUGGACGUGCACCGACUGAUUGUACGUUUACGGUACUAUCUGGUGGAUUAAGAGAGGAAAGAUUAGAUGGUGCAGCACUUGUGCGUCAUGCGCAGUAUGGAUUUGGAGACGUACAACGACUAUUUGGCUCAGACUUUGUAUCCCAAGUGGAAUUGAAAGUAGUAGUUGGGAGUCAGUUAUUGGAUGAAGGAAGACUUAUGAUUGUAGAUUCACCUGGAAUGAUUGAUCCACCUGGUGCGUCAUUAGAUCGUACGGACGAGGACCGAGGGUAUGAUUUUAAACGAGUAGUUCAGUGGUUUGCAGAUCGAGCGGAUGUGAUUCUCGUCAUGUUUGAUCCAGACAAACCUGGUACGACAUUUGAAACACUAGAUGUGCUGACCAAGUCACUGCAGGGAAUGAGCAGUAAAGUACUGCUGAUUCUAAACAAGGUCGACGACUUUCAGACAGUGCAUGACUUUGCAAGGGCCUACGGAGCACUGUGCUGGAAUUUAAGUAAAGUCAUUGGACGCAAGGACUUGCCGUUCAUCUAUACAAUGUACGUACCACAGGAUAAACGCGAAGCAGCAUCUGAUGCGCUAGAGAAUACAGAGACGGUGUUCAACGUGCCCAAGAUGCUGGAGCAUGAGUUUGAUGGAAUACGCGGUGAAGUGAUUCGCGAGGUGAAGCGAGCACCAGACCGUGCCACGGACAAUGUUUUAAAUCUUUUGAGGGCGACAGCUUUGAGGCUGAAGAUGCAUUUGACGCUAGUUGAAGCUUGCAAAAUGGAGUACUUUGACCUGCGCACGUUAUGGAAGCACGCACAGAUUGCAGGUGUCAUAGCAGGAGUGGGGUUUACAGCGUUUUAUCUGAUCCGCACGGUGGGCGCGUCGGCUUCCUUAAGCGCAUUGUCGGUGGACGAUUUGACUCGUACCGUAUCGCCCGCAGCUUCGUCGACGACGUCGGCUGCAACCUAUGUGAAAAAGACGCCUGAUACGUGGGAAAAAAACUGGUCCAAGCAAGUGGCGCGCUCGCAUUCGGUGUUCAAGUUUAGUACGCUCUUCAAGAUUGUGCUUUCAUCUUGCGUGUCAAACCUCGUGCUUUGGAAAGCGUCAGUACUGAACCUAAAGUUGAAACGUGAAAGCGUAUUGCAAUGGCUUCCGCUCACAUUUGAGCGUGUAUACGGCCCAUUCCUGUGCAAGUCAGAUCGCGCCCACGAUGAAAUUAUGACGCAGUGGAAUGCCGUUCGACCAGGUGUUGAGCUGGCUCUGUCGUCUAUGGAGCUCGAGGCGUUUCCCACGAUCGAGACGAUGCAUGAAACGUUUCUGGACGAUGUCUUGAACCUACAUGUCCCGCGGUUGGAUCGCUGCGUGCGCGACCGCAUGGGAGAUGAUCAUGCCUACCUUUGUUUUAAGCAUCACAAUAAGUCUGCGUCAAGCAAAGCUGAUACAACGACAGCAUCUCUAGCGGAGUCAAAGCAAAAGCUGCGGUACAGAGCUUACAAAACUGGAAUAGGUGAAUAG